UAUAAUGAAAGAGCGUGCGAGACAUGCAUAGAACGCAGUGGAUUACAUUUCUAUGGCGCGAGCAUUCAACGUUUUCCAGGUUUUUCAGGAAUAGCAAGAUGAUAGCUAAUAUAAUAAAAGUUGAGAAUAAACGAUGAAAACAUCGUGAAUCCUGCCAUUGGCUGUGGUGGUUGCUAAGGUGUAACGUUAUGUUUCUCCGUUGCUGCAUCGCAUCUGCUUUGUAACAUCAGCGGAAACUGUUCAAAGCAGCUAUAGCAGGACCGAACAUGACAGCCGGUUGCAUUGUGGUGCCUCAUCAUAUCGAUUCGAAUCCCCCCUCCUGGUAAAGCCAAGGAUGAGAUAGACACCACAACUCCUCUUGAGAUCAAAUCAUGCGUGUAUCCAUAAUGUGUGGAGGAUGCAUUAAUAUAUUAUAUCCCAGAUGUCACUAUCUACUACACUCUGGAUGGUACUAAACCAGAGGCGAUGAAGAGACCAGGGUUUGGAGAGAACAGCACUUUGAAGUAUAGCGGACCAAUAUGCUUACCUGAGGACAAAGUGUCAGUCAUAGCUCUGGCUAUUACCAGCCUUGUCACCAAGCUAUUUCUGGUGGAGUAUGUGCCCUYAGACGAGCCACCUUCCAUUGAGGACAAGGAAGAGAACUUUCUGAAGGAGUAUGAAGGAGGCCUCCCUAGACAGGAGAUGGGGACAGAGAACGGUUCUGGAGAUGCCUCACUGAAGCUUCAAGACUGCAAGCUUGGAAGACAGUCCUUUCAAAAACCUAACCAGCACUCAAAUGUCAAGGAUCCAAAGGGAGACAGACUUUCUGAGGUUUGGGUUUCUCUUUUGUCUUUAGAUGGGCUUGUGUGUCCACUGUAAAACAAUGGUGCSUGUCAACACCCCCACAUGUGUGGUAUGUGAGGCCUCCAGCUCCAGCCUCAGGCCAGCUUAAGACUCCAGGUAAAUAUGAAGUUUACUGCCACAAACACUCCGCUUUCAAACACCUUGUGACUUUGCACAUAUACACGUUUGAAUAUAGAUUACUUUAUUUGCAGGUGUGUUAACAUUUACCUUUUCAAUCCAAAGCAGUGUAAAUGUAUUGGUUUUCUCUCUUGCAGUGUGUGUGUGUGUGUGUGUGUGUGUGUACACCUGUCCACUCACUUUCUUUUUCUGUGCUGUAGAACAAGGUGAUCUGUCAGUCAUGUGUGGAACCCGAAAACCCUCCUCAUAUCUCAAAUUGUGUCACCUGUGAAACUAAACUACUGCGGCCACCCACUGUAAGAGCUCAUUGAUUGUAUUAGAGUAGCCUAAUUAUCCUUAUUAUGCUUAGUUUAGACUUGUAUAAAUGCCUAGGUUUUUGUUGUGGUAUGUAAUUAGUCAGAAAGCAAGUGAUGGUCAAUUUCUUCAACAAAUGAUCAGGUCUAUAUACACUGCUCAAAAAAAUAAAGGGAACACUU